AAAUUGGACACAGCUCCAGAAAGCAGCAGUCCCAAAUCCAACCUACAGGCACUGGGAACUUUAAAGCAUCCAGGGACGGCUGAAAAUAGCAUUUCUUUUUCUUUCUUUGUGUUCAAAACUAUUUUCUGUCUCCACCAGAUUUUUUUCUCCCCCCGUUCCAGUUGUUUCCCAUUAGUAAUCCGAUCUCUCCAGAGCAGUAAGAUUCGCCUUCUUCUCCUUCUUUUCCCACCCCCCUGUUUGUUUGUUUUCCGCACAUCUCCUUCAGAAGCUGUUGGUGUUUUUUUCCCCCCUUCAAGAAGUCGGUUUUGCAAUUUGUCUCUUCUUGUUUUCUUUCGUCUUCCUCUCCCCCAGCCCCCUGCCCGCACUCAGUGACCGUCUACAGUGUAGACUUUUUUUGUUUUCUUUUGGAUGAUCUGAGACUCUGGGGUGUCUGUAUAUGGAAAUAGUGGGGUGCCGAGCCGAAGAAAAUACUUGUCCUUUCCGUCCCCCAGCCAUGCUUUUCCACGGAAUCUCCGGGGGCCAUAUCCAGGGGAUCAUGGAAGAAAUGGAGAGGAGAUCCAAGACUGAGUCGCGUCUGGCCAAAGGAGGGCAGAUGAAUGGCAGAGAAGCGAGUAUGCCCCCUAUGAGCCCGGAAAAGCCUGCUUUGUGCGCUGGUUGUGGAGGGAAGAUCUCAGACAGAUAUUACCUGCUGGCCGUUGACAAACAAUGGCACCUGAGGUGUCUUAAGUGCUGUGAAUGUAAACUGGCUUUGGAGUCAGAGCUCACCUGCUUUGCCAAGGAUGGCAGCAUUUACUGCAAGGAGGAUUACUACAGAAGGUUCUCCGUGCAGAGAUGUGCCCGCUGCCACCUUGGGAUCUCGGCUUCCGAGAUGGUUAUGAGAGCCAGGGAGUCUGUCUAUCACCUGAGCUGUUUCACCUGCACUACCUGCAACAAGACUCUGACUACCGGCGAUCACUUUGGCAUGAAGGAUAAUCUGGUUUACUGUCGGGCCCAUUUUGAGACCCUCUUACAAGGAGAAUACCCCCCGCAGCUUAGCUACACCGAGUUAGCGGCUAAGAGCGGCGGGUUGGCACUGCCUUACUUCAACGGCACUGGCACUGUCCAGAAAGGGAGGCCCAGAAAAAGAAAGAGCCCGGCCCUCGGAGUGGACAUCGUCAAUUACAACUCAGGUUGUAAUGAAAAUGAGGCGGAUCAUUUGGACAGAGACCAGCAGCCUUAUCCCCCGUCCCAGAAGACCAAGCGCAUGCGUACCUCCUUCAAGCACCACCAGCUCCGGACCAUGAAAUCCUACUUUGCUAUAAACCACAACCCGGACGCCAAGGACCUCAAGCAGCUUGCCCAGAAAACGGGCCUGACCAAAAGAGUUCUGCAGGGAGAACAAAUCUUGGGGCAUUACAGCCAAACAUCCCGACGUUUGAAAAUUCCCUAAAGUAUUAAAAGAAGGGGAAAAGUUUGAUCGGAAAUCCACUGCAGUGAAGACAAAGACAAUAUUAGGUUAUGAUAAUCAUACAUUAAAAAAUAUAUUGAGCCAAAAAAAAAAGAGAGAGAGAGACUUAAAUGUCAAUUCCUGAAUGUUAAAAUUUAUGUUCUUUAUGACAUCUAAUACAAAUGAAGGCUUACAAAAUUGUGUGGUUUAAAACAAAAGUUAGAUAAGCUAUGUAUAAACCAGAGCAACCUGGCAGUAAUAUACCCUACCCAUGUUGGAAGACAAUUAUUCCUUUAAAAAAUUAAAAAUAUAGCAACAACACAUUUGCCAAGCACAAAUACUUGUAAAAUAAAAUCCAAAUACAUGCAUUCCACCUGCUUGCUAACGUGUACUACUCAUAUAUGUUAAAUGGCAUUUUUGUAAAUUUAAAGAAAAACUAUCACUCAUUUAAGAGCAUAAGGAUCAGAACUAAGUAAUUUUAGUAUUAUUGUUAAUUAUUUCUUUUUCUAAAAGCCGAAAAAUCUGCAUGCACUUUUACAUCUGUCACUUAUAGUGUACAUUUCUGUAUGAUGACUUCUCUUUGAUGUUUCUUGUACAAUAAAUAGCUUUCAUGAAUAAACAUUUUAUUUGAUGCAAACAUAGUUAACUUUAUGUAAACACACCUAAUCUAGCUGUUGAAACUAACUUAGAAUAUUUUGGACACUGUCUUAAAAGGCAGGAUGGUAAACUUCAAAUUUGUUAUACCCAGAGGGGGAAAAAAAUCCAAAUAAUGAAAACAACAAGGUGGCAUUAUUGUAGCUUAGUGUAAAACGAUUUCCUUGGACUUUAAUGUUUCAUGACUUACUUUCAUUUGUUGUAUGCAAUUGAAACAUGUACCUAAAAUAAAAAUAAAGACAGAGGAAACCCAAACAACAAUAAGAGAAAUAAAUCUCUGAAAAAGAAUAGCAUGUGUAAAAGCAUCAGCAACUUUUUAAAAAAAAGAAUAUUAGGACAAAAUCUAUGGAUUCUUGAUAAGUUUACAUGUUCACUAUGCAAUGAACAAAUUUAUUGACAUAAAAUAUAUUAAUUAUGAAAGGAUCUGAUCUUUGCACAGUCCAAUUUACAUAUGAUUUUACAAGCAAAAAUGAAUGGAAAAAUAAACCAUUAUUUAGUAAUGAGGGUUUUUUUAAUUGUUAGAAGGAGUAUUUGCAGAAAGAAUUUUUUAAAAAACUAUUCAUAUUUAGCUGUAUAUCCAAAGUAUAUGUUAAACAAAUUAACAUAUAAAAUACUUUCCGGAAAUUUUUUUCAUUAAGAUGAAAUUUUUAUUAUAUACAAAUGAACCCUAUGUAAAUGAUGUAACUUUUAUGAAUAAUUAUGACAGACAUUAAAUAUUUCACCUGUAUUCUCAGUAUUUGAAUGUUUUCUUAAAUGCUUUUCAUCUUAUGGAUACCAAAAAAGAAAAAAAGAAAAGAAAAAGAAAGGACAAAAGAAAGAGAGAAGCUCUUAAGAAGAAGGCAACAUAACAUAGACUAUUCUGAGAGAUCUUGAAACAUGCUGGUUUUGUCAGUAACUAGAAUGUUUAUGCUUCAGUGAAACCUUAUCCACAAUUAUAGCUGUUUAAAUAGAUUUUAGAAAUACACUUCAUGCCAGUUAAUUCAAAUUCUUGUUCUACAGAGAUACCCUUCUCCUGCGUCACUCACCUGUGACAGUUUGAUUUAGAAAUAUCUUGGCACCUCUCAUGGUUCUAUCGAUGUUUAAAUAUUUGUCUGGUAAAUUAAAUGAGGGAAAGAACCAAAGGAGAAAGGGCUUAUUGGGAAAUUUUCUGAAAAAACAUCUGGAAAAACAACUCAAUGUAACAUUAAUUUUAAACAGAACAUUUUGCAAAAAGCAAGGAGAACUAAUUAAGCAGGUUGGAUGUGUAGAAAUCAUAUGAUUCAAAAUUGGAAGGACUAUUGUGGUUUUCAGUAUUAGAGAGCAGUUCUUAGAGUCUGGGCAACUGCCUACUUCUUGAAUUGGAGUGAGAAUGGAAUGAUGUGAACUUCUCAGGUGGGAGCAGCACAGGAAGUUUUCGUAGCUUCUGCAUCUAGACUGCGAACUGGGAAAAGAGCUGAGGACAGCCUUAUCUUUUAGCAAGUUAAUCUUAGGUAGGGGGAAAAAAAGCUUCACUGAGAUUCCUGAAUAUUACUGGAGAUAAUAGUGGUUGAGUUGGACCUUUUGAUAUUAAAUAACAUUUUAAAUCACUAAAAUAAUGGAUGGCUUUUUGAAAGGGCUGAUAAGAGCUUCAAAAUAUUUCUGAAAAUUUGAUAAUUGAUAGCCUAAAAGGGAAAGUUUUACUGUGUCCAAAUUCCAAUGGAAGUCACUUGAAGUGUUCUGGCAAUAUCAUGUAUUUAAAUAAUCUUUCUUUCAAAGAGCUCAAGGCAUUUAAUAAAUCCCUUAUAAACAUCUCAUUUUCCCUUCAAGAUGUCCCUGUGUGGGGUAUAAACAUGGAUAUCCAUUAUGAAUUGCCUGAUUCAUCAGUAGUGAGCAGGAAUUGGAUAUUUGGAGUGAUGUUAUUUUAAGUUCUUGUAUUAGGCGUAAUUACACCAUUAUUAUGGAAAUGCAUUUAUUAAGCAAUUACUGGUAUGGUUGUUUCGCAAGGCACUAUAGCUUACAUUUAAAAUAAUAAUAUUUUGACAAUGAAAUAAAACUGUUGGACUUCCUUGUAGAGAGCUUCUUUAUUCAAUGGAAUAUUCAACACUAUUUAAAUUUUGCAGACAGAAAUCUCUAAGCACCAGAAAUAAGUAGAGGAAAUUAAAAUUUACCCCAAGUAGAAGAAACUGCAGCAUACUUUCUGUGAAACUAGAAGUAUAUGACAAUAUUUUAUUCACACAUUUUUUGUCUCUCCAUUCCAUUGUCUUAAUUGUUAGGAACAAAUUCCAACUUUUCAAAUAAAUAAAACAUUGUGCUUUAUCUUUUAAAUUUUAUCUUUAAACUUUGUGCAUCUAUCUUUGUUUUAUUGCCAGUGUCGCACAUAAGGCAUUAUUUUCUUUGCUUGUGUCCCUGCUUUUCAAGCAUUUCAUUGAACUCUCCUAUGGACCCUUCUUUUAGGAGAAUGGCAUUAAUUUCUCUUAUUUUUCCAGUUGUUGCUUCAUUUUUUUCAAAUUUAUCAUUUUAAGGCAAUGUAUUAUUUUUAUUGCCCUCUUGAAAGAUUUGCUUUGAUUUCCUAUAUUGUCAUAACAAAAGGAUCAGAAUUGUGCAUGGUACUCUAGGAAAAGUCUGUGAAUAUGGUGUAAGUAAUGAUAACUCACAUUUAUUUAGUGUUAUGUUCUCUGCAAAUGACUUUCUUUUUCAACUGUGCUGCAAAGUGAAUCUUCAUUUUUAUUUAUGAUUGCUCCUCAAUUCUCCCAUUUCUUUGGGAGUUCUUUAGAUAGUCAAUCUUACAUCUUCCCUACAUUUUUCUGAAUCCAACUUCUUAAUUUAUAUUUCUUUAUACUUGACGAUCUCAUACUAGUAUGGAUGGCAAUCUAGAGAUGAAAGGUUUGGAUAUCUGUUCUAAGAAGUUCCUGCUGUACAUCUACGUGUGCUUUCUCCUCACAUUUUAGGAUUGUCAGGAAUGAUUUCCUUCCCCUCCCCUGGAUUUUAUGUUACAUCUUGCAUGAUCUUAAAAGUUAUCUUAAAAACGAUAAAUGGA